AUAGUUGUAAUUACAUUUGAUAAGGUUGUAAUUUACAACCACCUUAACCUUGUAAUAUGAUUUAAACAUUGAUGAGGAAGAAUGGUUGCAUGAGAAGAGAAGGUAGAGAGAAAGACCGAAUUGUCCUUCCAAGGAGAGUGGUUGCCCUAUAAAAGUGGUGAAGGAGAAGAAUCUCCACCCAAACACAAGGCCAUAAAUCACUCUCCCUCUUUCUCUGCCCUUAAAACCAUUCCUAACUUUCUUUCUUUUUUCUUCCCUUUCUUCAAUGGCAUCAAAGACUGUCUUCACAUCAUCAUCAUCAUCAUCAUCAUCAUCAUCAUCAUCAUCAUCAUCAUCAUCAUCAUCAAGGUCCCAACAUUCCCACCCCAACCAGAUCACGCGCACCUGCUCCUGCUCACCCUCCACGCACCCUGGCUCCUUCCGCUGCACCAAGCACAAGAAGCCACCCCGAGCCAUGGCUCGAUCCUUGCCUCGGACCCCUAACCAUUGGGACCUUUCCAUGGCUGCAAAAGCCAACUCCUUGAAGGCUGUUCUGUUGCAAAUGCUUAGGCCCUCCAGCCACGACCUUCACAAGAGGAAGAGUUUCCAACCAAGGCCAACUAGGUUUUCCCUCAUGAACGCCGACACCGCUGCGGUUGCGGUUAGCUGAUCACAUUGCUCCCGUUUCGGUUUCCUCUGACGGAUAUGUAACAUUUUUAAUGAAGGUUUUGGUCGUCCUGUCGUCUGUGAUUCUGUAAUUUAUGUAACUGUAUAUACCACAUUCUUUAUUCUCUGUUCUCUUUGUAACGGAAGCAAUACUCUACUAGAUUUUCUGUUAUCAACUUGCACAUAAUAAUAUCAUUCUUUUUAUUUUCU